AUGGCGCGCGCUCUGGCGGAUCUAGCCGUGGAUUUGCAGGUGCCCCGGGUCGUCCCCUGCCCGGAUUCGGACUCGGAUACAGACUCGGAGGAUCCGAGUCUCCGGCGCAGCGCGGGUGGCUUGCACCGAUCACAGGUCAUCCACAGCGGACACUUCAUGGUGUCCUCGCCGCAUAGCGACUCGCUGACCCGGCGACGCGACCAGGAGGGGCCCAUGGGGGUCGCCGACUUCGGGCCGCGCAGCAUCGAUCCGACACUCACCCGCCUCUUCGAGUGCUUGAGCCUGGCUUACAGUGGCAAGCUGGUUUCUCCCAAGUGGAAGAACUUCAAAGGCCUCAAAUUGCUGUGCCGGGACAAGAUCCGCCUCAACAACGCCAUCUGGAGGGCCUGGUACAUUCAGUAUGUGCAGCGGAGGAAGAGCCCAGUAUGUGGCUUCGUGACCCCUCUGCAGGGGUCGGAAGCAGAUGAGCACCGGAAACCGCAGGCUGUCGUCCUGGAGGGGAAUUACUGGAAACGGCGCAUCGAGGUGGUGAUGCGGGAAUACCACAAGUGGCGAAUCUACUACAAGAAGCGGCUCCGUAAGUCCAGCAGGGAAGGGGAUCUCCUGGCUCCCAAGCAGGUGGAAGGUGGGUGGCCGCCACCAGAGCGAUGGUGCGAACAGCUCUUCUCCAGUGUGGUGCCCGUGCUGCUUGGGGGCUCCGAGGAGGAGCCUGGGGGUCGACAGCUUCUGGACCUCGACUGCUUCCUGUCCGAUAUAUCCGAUACACUCUUCACCAUGACACAGCCCAGCCCCUCAUCCCUUCAGCUGCCCCCAGAAGACGCUUAUGUUGGCAAUGCUGACAUGAUCCAGCCAGACCUGACGCCGCUGCAGCCCAGCCUGGAUGACUUCAUGGAGAUAUCAGAUUUCUUCACCAAUUACCGUCCCCCGCAGACGCCCACAUCUUCAAACUUCCUGGAGCCCCCCAGCGUUGGCCCCAUGGCUGACUCCCUCUUCAGCAGUGGGAUCCUGGGCCCAGAGAUGCCAUCUCCAGCUUCCUUGUCCUCCUCCUCGGGGAUGACCCCUCUCUCAGGGACUACCCGUCUACAGGCUCGGAACAGCUGCCAUGGACCCUUGGACCCCAGUGCCUUUUUGAGCUCUGACUUCCUUCUUCCCGAAGACCCAAAGACCAAGAUCUCACCUGCUCCUGUACCGACUCCCCUCCUUCCAUACCCCACCCCUGCCAAGGCACAGGGCUUAGAGCCCUGCACCCCACCUCCCUUCCCUACAAUGGCUCCACCUCCCACUCUGUUGCCAGAAGAGCCCCUCUUCUCUGCCAGGUUCCCCUUCACCGCAGUCCCUCCUGCUCCAGGAGGGCCUCCACUUCCUGCCCCCACCACCUUCGUUCCCACCCCACAGCCUGGCCCUGGCCCUGGCCCUGCCCCUUUCCCUGUAGACCAUCUGCCCCAUGGGUACCCGGAACCUGUCUUCAGGCCUCACUUCGUCAUGCCCCAGGAUAUGCAGCCCAGAUGCAAGCCCUCCAUCCCAUCCCCUGGUGGACGGAAAGCCAGUCCCCCUACCUUGGCCCCUACCACUGCCAGCCCCAUUGCCACUGCCAGAGACAACAACCCCUGCCUUACCCAGCUUCUCAGGGCAGCCAAGCCUGAGCAAGCACUGGACCCUCCAACUGUGCCCAGCACCCUCCUCCGGCCUUCAGAGUCCCCGCAGGAUACAGUCUCCGAGCUCCCCCGUGUCCGCGCCUUCUUUCCCCCAAUCCCGGCCCCUACACCACCUCAGCCACCUCCGUGCCCAGCCACACUGGCCCCUCCCAGGUCCCUGAUUGUCCCCAAAGCAGAGCGGCUCUCACCCCCAGCGCCCAGCGGCAGUGAGCGGCGAUUAUCAGGGGAUCACAACUCCAUACCACCCACGGGGGCACUGAGUGUCCACCUGUCUUCCCCUCAACCUAUCCUAAGCCGGGGUCGUGUAGACAACAACAAGAUGGAGAACCGACGCAUCACACACAUCUCUGCGGAACAGAAGAGGCGUUUCAAUAUCAAGCUAGGAUUCGACACCCUUCAUGGACUUGUGAGCACACUCAGUGCCCAGCCCAGCCUCAAGGUGAGCAAAGCGACCACGCUGCAGAAGACGGCCGAGUACAUCCUGAUGCUGCAGCAGGAGCGGGCGGCCAUGCAGGAGGAGGCGCAGCAGCUGCGGGAUGAGAUAGAGGAGCUCAAUGCUGCCAUCAACUUGUGCCAGCAGCAGCUACCAGCCACUGGGGUGCCCAUCACGCAUCAGCGCUUUGACCAGAUGCGGGACAUGUUUGAUGACUAUGUCCGGACCCGUACACUGCACAACUGGAAGUUCUGGGUCUUCAGCAUCCUCAUCCGGCCUUUGUUUGAAUCCUUCAAUGGCAUGGUGUCCACCGCAAGCUUGCACAGCCUCCGCCAGACCUCGUUGGCUUGGCUGGACCAGUACUGUUCCCUGCCUGCUCUCCGACCAACUGUUCUGAAUUCCCUUCGCCAGCUCAGUACAUCUACCAGCAUCCUGACCGACCCGAGCCGUGUACCUGAGCAAGCCACCCGGGCAGUCACAGAGGGCACCCUGGGCAGACCAUUCUAAUCCCAGUGAAGGCUUCAAGCUCCAGGGACAACUCAUGGGCACUCCCCUCUUGAUCCUGGCCAGCCCUUUCCCUGAGAAUCUAGUAGGCUCCUGGUUUUACACUUAGCCAUCUCCUGGGAAUGGAGAAGAACCUGGUUCCCACCCCUGCACUAUACCAAUGCCUGAUCCCCGGGGACUCAUACUCCAUCUUUGGACCUCCAUUUAAUAACAGAGGACCCCAAAGGCAUUAGCAACUGUGAUGCUGGGGCCCUAAGCCACUCAGGGAGCUCCGAGGAGAGAUGAGGUCAAGCUACAUCCUCAUGACUCCCUGCUGUGGGCAGAGGGCAUCGCCCUUGGUUCCUCAGCAGGGAGGCAGAACAGGAGAUCUGCUCUCUUUGCCCCUGCACUGGUGACGCAGGACGGGCGCUGCAGAGUGGCUUCCUGGGUGACCACUGAGGUCUGGUGCCAGGAGAGAUCAGGGCAAGGGGCGACCAGAGCAGGGCAGGCAUCUUGCACGUAUGUAGAUGUGUGUGUGCGUAUGUGGAUUUUAUAAACACAUUCUUGAACAAUAAAAGCAAAAACUGCAA